UGCCGCCGCCCGCGUCCGCGGAGCCGGAGGAGGCGGAGCUGGCUUGUCCCGGCUCCAGAGCGGAGCGGCAGCCGAGGAGGCGGUGCGGCGAGUCAGGGAGGCCGAGGCUCGGGCGCAGAGGCCUGAGAGGCUGGCAGGAGACGGUGGUAGCGCGGGGAGAGCGGCGCCACGGGCUGGGCGCUCCCGGCGUGAGGCGUGCGCUCCAUGCGUGCGGGCCGAGCGCGGCCCCUGCGAGCCUCCGACAUGAAGAAAGACGUGCGGAUCCUGCUAGUGGGAGAACCUAGAGUUGGGAAGACAUCACUGAUUAUGUCUCUGGUCAGUGAAGAAUUUCCAGAAGAGGUUCCUCCUCGGGCAGAAGAAAUCACCAUUCCAGCUGAUGUCACCCCUGAGAGAGUUCCAACACACAUUGUUGAUUACUCAGAAGCAGAACAGAGUGAUGAACAACUUCAUCAAGAAAUAUCACAGGCUAAUGUCAUCUGCAUAGUUUAUGCUGUUAACAACAAACAUUCUAUUGAUAAGGUAACAAGCCGAUGGAUUCCACUCAUAAAUGAAAGAACAGACAAAGACAGCAGGCUGCCUUUGAUAUUAGUUGGGAACAAAUCUGAUUUGGUGGAAUAUAGUAGUAUGGAGACCAUCCUUCCUAUUAUGAACCAAUAUACAGAAAUAGAAACCUGUGUGGAGUGUUCAGCAAAAAACCUGAAGAAUAUAUCAGAGCUGUUUUAUUAUGCACAGAAAGCUGUUCUUCAUCCUACAGGGCCUCUGUACUGCCCAGAGGAGAAAGAGAUGAAACCAGCUUGUAUAAAAGCCCUCACUCGUAUAUUUAAAAUAUCUGAUCAAGAUAAUGAUGGCACUCUGAAUGAUGCUGAACUCAACUUCUUUCAGAGAAUUUGUUUCAACACUCCGUUAGCUCCUCAAGCUCUGGAAGAUGUCAAGAACGUGGUUAGAAAACACUUAAGUGAUGGUGUGGCUGACAGUGGGUUGACGCUGAGAGGUUUUCUCUUUUUACAUACACUUUUUAUCCAGAGGGGGAGGCAUGAGACUACGUGGACUGUACUUCGACGAUUUGGUUAUGAUGAUGAUCUGGAUCUGACACCUGAGUAUUUAUUCCCCCUGCUAAAAAUACCUCCUGAUUGUACUACUGAAUUAAAUCAUCAUGCAUAUUUGUUUCUCCAAAGCACCUUUGACAAACAUGAUUUGGACAGAGACUGUGCUUUGUCACCUGAUGAACUUAAAGAUUUAUUCAAAGUUUUCCCUUACAUACCUUGGGGACCAGAUGUAAAUAACACAGUUUGCACAAAUGAAAGAGGCUGGAUAACCUACCAGGGAUUCCUUUCCCAGUGGACGCUCACAACCUACUUAGAUGUACAGCGUUGCCUGGAGUAUUUGGGCUAUCUAGGCUAUUCCAUACUGACGGAACAAGAGUCUCAAGCUUCAGCCAUUACAGUAACGAGAGAUAAAAAGAUUGACCUGCAGAAAAAACAGACUCAGAGAAAUGUGUUCAGAUGUAAUGUAAUUGGAGUGAAAGGCUGUGGGAAAAGCGGAGUUCUUCAGGCUCUCCUUGGAAGAAACCUAAUGAGACAGAAGAAAAUCCGUGAUGAUCAUAAGUCCUAUUAUGCAAUUAACACUGUCUAUGUAUAUGGACAAGAGAAAUACUUGUUGCUGCACGAUAUCUCAGAGUCGGAAUUUCUAACUGAGACUGAGAUCAUUUGUGAUGUUGUAUGCCUGGUAUAUGAUGUCACUAAUCCCAAAUCCUUUGAAUACUGUGCCAGGAUUUUUAAGCAACAUUUUAUGGACAGCAGAAUUCCCUGCUUAGUUGUAGCUGCAAAGUCAGACCUGCAUGAAGUUAAACAAGAACAUAGUAUCUCACCUACUGAUUUCUGCAGGAAACACAAAAUGCCUCCACCUCAAGCCUUCACUUGCAACACUGCUGAUGCACCCAGUAAGGAUAUCUUUGUUAAAUUGACAACAAUGGCCAUGUACCCAGAGGAUCAUUACAGAGGCAGCCUCUCCCGAGACAUGGGCAGCACUGAUAGAAUAGAGAAUUUGAGAAAAAUCUGGGUCUUUCUAAAAACUGCUUUCCAUGCCCGGUUACGCUGUAUGUGCACCUGCAACAGGUGUACAUUUUGCAUCUGUCAGAACUUCCUCAACUCAGACUUGCUGCAAUCUGUAAAGAACAAAAUCUUCACUGCAGUUCUUAACAGGCACGUGACACAAGCUGACCUCAAGAGCUCCACGUUCUGGCUUCGAGCGAGUUUUGGUGCUACUGUUUUUGCAGUUUUGGGCUUUGCUAUGUACAAAGCAUUAUUGAAACAGCGAUGAUUAAAAAUAAUAAUAAUAAUGACCGGCCUACCAAAAGCAAAUACUUUUAUGUACAUUCUGAAUGCUUUAAAUUCUGCUAGAAAUAUUGAGAUAUUUAUACAUGCAGAGUUACUUUAUUAAUAUUUGUAAUUCAUGCAUAAGAGUAUUUUACUGAUAGUAAUGACUGCAGUAUUAGUUGGCAUGUGGAAAGAAAACACCUUAGUAGCCAAACUUAAGUGGCUAAAUUUCAGAGGCCAAAAGGGAAUAUUUUGUAAAUAAUGUAUAUAUUCAAGCAAGAUAUGGUCUCCCAAACUGAGUUAUAGAAAUGGUAUUUGCAGACAUUUCUACAUUAGUGUCAUAGUGUUCACUUGGCUCACUCUGCUAGGUGUCAUCACCAGAGAUUGUGUUAUUCAUGAAUCACAUAUUUAUUUCACGUUGACUCAGAAUGACCCUUCGGCUUCUACAGCCAUUUCUCUCUAUUUUUAAGAUCACACAGGAGUCAAGGUCAGCUUUCCCAAACCACUUACGGUAGGCCAGCAUCAAAGCCAUCGUGAAAUCUAGAAAAUUGUGUAUCUGGGUGUGUGGCUGAGGAACUGAGACAGAAGCAGUUAGCAGAGGUGUUACCUGUGUGACUACAUUGCUUCUCUGUCAGUGUGUGGGAUUUUAUAGCUCUUUCCAUCAAACGAGAAAACAGUUUGUUAUCAAUGUUUUCAGUUUAAAUGAACAAGCCACCCUGACCACUGCUGCAUUUCACUGAAGUGGAAACUGUUCUCUAACGGCCAUGGAUGGUGGUGUAUCGCCUAGCUGCAUGUGUUGUGAAGUCUUCUAUAUCUGGCCAGGAUAAUCUGGAGGCAACACUUUUUUAAUGGUAAAAUAAAUCUAAUGACUAUAAACUCUCACAAGAAACCUAUUUUUUCCAUCAUUGACCUUUUCAGGUAUUUAAAUAAAUAACUGCUGUGUAAUGUGA